UUUUGAUUUUCAGCCUUUUGUAGGGAUGCUGGUUAAUGAUACCAAAUAAAUUUUUAUAUUUAAACCACUCAUAAAUACUUACAUUCCUUUUUAAAAUUUUUAGAAGUUUUGCUUCUUUUAUUGAUUCAUUUGUUGAAUAAGUUCCAACUUUUAUUACAGGAAUCAUGAGCACUCACGGAGAUCCAGCAGAAACGGAACGUUUACUUGGUCUUGGCCAAGAACGAAGAAAGACGCGUAAAGAAGUGUGUACUGUAAUUUUCGCUGCGGUGAUAAUCGUAGCCGCAGUAAUAGUAAUAGUUUCAUUAUGGACAUCAUUAUCUUAUGAUGAUUCUUAUGAGAAAAGAAAUGUCAUCCUUAUGAUCUCUGAUGGAUUUGGUCCUGCAUCGGAAACAUUCGCUCGCGAUUACGUACAAUAUGUAAAAAAAUUGAACUAUAAUUAUCUCACUCCAUUAGAUAAAAUUCUUGUUGGAUCUUCUCGAACUAGAUCAUCAGAUAGCCUUGUCACUGAUUCCGCUGCUGGAGCUACAGCUUUUGCAUGUACUAUUAAAACUUAUAAUCGCGCUAUAGGAGUUAAUCCGGAGAAAGUUCCUUGUGGUACCGUGUUGGAAUCUGCCAAACACUUAGGUUUAGCGACUGGCUUAGUUGUCACGAGCCGUAUCACUCAUGCUACACCAGCCACGUUCUCGGCUCAUGUAGUUGAUAGGGAUAUGGAAGCUGAUAUUGCUGCACAACAAAUUGGCGAUUAUCCUCUUGGAAGACAAGUUGAUUUAAUGUUUGGUGGAGGUCGAUGCUUUUUCUUGCCAAAUAGUACAGAAGGAAGUUGUAGAAUUGAUGAACGUGACUUGGUUAAAGAGUCAAAAGAAAGAGGGUUUAAAUAUUUUUCUACAAGGAAAGAGUUUGAUGAUCUUGAACCAAGAAAAGACAAGUUUCCCCUUUUAGGACUCUUUACACUCGAUCAUAUGUCAUAUGAAAUUGAUCGUGAUCCUACUAAAGAGCCAUCUUUGAAAGAAAUGUCAGAAAAAGCUCUUAAAUUCCUCGAAUCUGCAACUGCUGAUAGUGAUAAAGGCUUUUUCCUUAUGAUUGAAGGCAGUAGGAUUGAUAUGGCUGCUCAUUCAAAUGAUGCCGCCACACAUGCUCAUGAUAUUAUGGCUUAUCAUGAAACGAUUGAUCUAGUCAAGAAAUAUGUCGAUAAACAUCCUGGUACAGUUAUGAUUUCAGUCAGUGAUCACGAAACUGGUGGAUUGUCACUCGCUCGUCAAGUUUCCGAUCUACCACAAUAUCUAUGGUAUCCUGAACCUGUCUCGCGUGUAAAGAAUUCAUCAUUUAUUCUUUCACAGGAGCUAUUGAAUUAUUGGGAAAACGAUCGUGAAGCUUAUAUUAAAAAUAUAAUUCGUAGCGGAUUAGGAAUCGGAGAUAUUGAUGAUUAUGAUGUUAAUUGGUUAAAUCAAAAUCGUACUCAAUUAGAUUAUGAAUACUUUUUGGCUAAUAUUACAAACUUUAGGGCUCAACUUGGGUGGGCGACACAUGGACAUUCUUCUGUUGAUGUUAAUCUUUAUGCAUACGGACAAGGUAGUGAUGCUUUACGCGGAAAUCAUGAAAAUACUGAUAUUGGAGAUUUUAUUGUCAAAUAUCUUAAUUUGGACCUUGAUUUUAUCACAUAUAAAUUAAAUAGUGAUAAUGGAACAUUUCAUCAAGCUUUUGAAUCCACUCAUUUCCAUAAUGAUGAACACCACCAUCACUAAAAUUAAAUUUAUCUUAUUUAUACAUAGUAGAGCGAUACAAUAACAUUUUUUUUUUUGUAUAAUAUAUUUAUAAAUAAAGUUAAAUUUUUAUUGAAUUAAAUACAU